AUGGCGCCAGCGCUGCCCGAGCCCGAGCAGCUGCCGCCGCCUGAGCUAGCCGCGGAGCCACCGGCCAAGCCAAAGCGCGGCCGCCCACCGGGCAGCAAAAGGCCGGCUUCUCUCGCACAGCAGCCGCCCUGCGGUGGUCAGAGGACUGGUACGUGGACUGAAGAGGCGGGAGACGCUUCUCUGAGCGAGGUUUGGUGCUCUCAGGAGCGCUAUGCCAACGCGUGGUCGGCAGGGGCCGGCGGGGCAGGAUUUUGGAAGAACGAUCAGGGGGACAGGUGGGGCUCUCCUGCUCCUGACAAGGGACACGACAGGCUCGCAGCGCGUCUCGCCGCCGUCGAAGCGGAGCCCGCACGGCUCGGCAAGGAGGCUCUGAUGCGACGGCUGCUGGAUGAGGCUUGGGGAGGAGAGGAGCAGCUGCUGGCGUGCGUCGCGCUGACGACGCUGCAACUCGCGCCGGGCGGCCGGCCCGAGCUCGGCGACAUCGGUGCGGCGGGUACGCUCGCCGCCGAGGCGCUGGGCGAGGCGCGCGGGUCGGACACGCGGUGGGAGGCGCCGCCCGCGAGCGGCGCUGUCGACGUCUCCGAGGUGCUGCGCACGCUGAGGGUGGCGAGGAAGACGGAGCUGCUCUCGGAGCUCCUCUCGCGGCUGUCGCUCGGCGAGGCGCAGCUGCUCCUGCGGAUGAUCGCGGGGAAGCAGCGGACCGGGCUGGGCGACAACGCAGAGGCCAAGCGAGCUGCGCUCAAGCGGCUCGGCACGCUGCGCGCGAAGCAGCGGCGGGCGGCGGUCGAGCGGGUGCAGGAGACGUUCCAGCCGGGCGUGCCUGUCCAGCCGAUGGCUGCUGCUGCAGUGACGUCGGUGGAGGAGGUGAUCUCGCGCAUGGGGGGCUCGCCCUUCCUCGCAGAGGUCAAGUACGACGGAGAGCGGUGCCAGCUGCACUGGGUCCCAGCGAGUCCGCAAGCCGCGGGGGACGGCGGAGCGGCCGCCGGCGCCGUGCGCAUCUUCGCGCGGUCGAUGGACGAGAUGACGGCGCGCUUCCCGGACACGCUCGCGGCGCGGCCACGCAAGGCUCCGACCGCGGAGCAGCAAGCCGCGCUGCCGGUGUGCAUCUAUGUCUUUGACGUGCUCUCGGCCAACGGAGCGUCGCUGCUGCACAAGCCGCUGCCGGCGCGGCGCGCGGCGCUGCGCGCUCUGCUCACCCCGGUGGCGGGGCGUGUGGAGCUGGCACAGGGCGAGGAGGGGUCAACGGCGGAGGAGCUCGAGGCGGCGCUGGCCGCGGCGGCCGAGAUGGAGGCGGAGGGGCUCAUGGUCAAGUCGCUCGCGGACGACGCCGAGUCUGGGUACGCGCCGGGCAAGCGGUCCUUCGCGUGGCUGGUCCCGGCGCGCGCCAGCAUGCGGGCCAUCGAGCGCUGCAGCUCCUCGGUCGUCGCGUGUGCCCAGGCAGGCGCGGUCUCUGACAUGUGCUGCAGCGUCGGCUCGCCGAAGAACGCUGCCGUCGCGAGGAACGGCAGCUCUAGCAGAAAGUGA